GUGAAUGUUAGUAUUGUUGCCCUGGUGACCUCAUACCCUCCCCACCUCUUUGUCCUGUCUGUGGUUCACUAACACCCUAGUCAGAUUUGUUGAUCGAAAUUUUAUGCCAGGCGACUCGGCGUUUGUACAGAACUCAAGCCCGUGUUGCUUAUUCAACAAGAGCUUUUUAAUCUUAAUUGUCGGCUCUCGGUUUCAUUGGGAGGGAUUGACAUCGUUACAGCUGUCAACGAUGGGAGAAACAUAUAAAGUUUCUGAUAGUCCAAAGAUACAGAUCUUGGAGAAUAAGCUGGCAACGGAUCUGGCAGAACUGAAGCUAGAGAUUGAGGAAAGUGGAAUAUUACAAGGAGCACCAACACGACCCUUCAGUUCUGUUAGCAUACCGAAGGAUGUUUCCUAUUUCAGAAAGGAACGAGAACUGCUCCUAAAGAAAGGAUUGCAGGUGGCUGAAGCAAAACAACUUGUAAUCCAAGCAGAUGUAAUGCAGAGAGAGCUGGAGAGUUGCCUGAAACCGGAGUACACAGCCAAUAGCUUGCCUCUUCUCCUCCACCAGUUUUUUACAGAUCGGAUUCACCAGCUAGUUCAGUGCAAGUAUCUACACAUGCUCCGGUGGGAAAGGUUUUGUCGGCAUACAAAGCAUAUUGAGCAACUUUAUCCCCUCUACAAGAAACAGAUUUCUCAUAUUAUGAAAGAAUAUGAUGAUGCUGUUCAAAGGGCUCAAAGGCUUUCAAUAGCCCGCGAAUGCCUUUUGACAGGAGCAGGGAAUCCCAGUAGAUGUGUGACACAAGAAGAUGUAAUUAUCUAUCUGCAAUGGCUGGUGUGCCAUUUCUAUUCUGUCACAACUAUUCACAACUACUUAAGGGCAUUGCAGUACCUGCCCAUGUCCCAUCAGAUUGAGGUUACACCUGAGAAGCUUUCCGAUAUCCUGGCAGAUGAUGAGGAUAAAAUCAGUAUCGCUACGCACCUUUCCUCUUUCCGUGUGCCCACGCGGCCUGGUACGACCUUUUCCAGUGUCUCCGGAUCAGCUGGAAAAUCUGCUCUCCUGUCGUCAGCUGGAGCCCAUGCAAUCUCAACCUUCAAGAGCAUUCCUGUCAUGGAUUUUGAAGGUGUAUUUAAUGCUGAAGUUAACCAUUGUCUCCCUGUGCACAUGCUGAAGAUUGAGGAGUUUAAGCAUCAGCUUCAGUACCUUGUGUGUCACUUCAGCAUCGAAUAUGAUGUGGAUGAUAUCAGAAGCACUGCCAAUGAGAUGGAACUGUUCACACUGGUGAUUCGAAAAUUCAGAAGCAUUUUUAGCAAAGAGGAAACCAUGAAGACCUUCCCAGCGUACGAUGCUUUUGAGCCCGGACUCGAACACUGGGGAAUGAAAGGCCCAAGUAUGACUCUGAAGAAAGAAGCAAAUUGGAUCCCCUUUUUAAAGAUCAAACCAAAGCAAGAUCCUUGGCAGCAAAAACUCCUGACCAAACUGAAGCAGCAGAGGUACCUGGAUGAAAUCCUGAGACUGCAAGCACAGUUCCUCCAGGUGUCUGACCCAGAGCGAGUGAUGGACAUACUUCGACAGCAUGCUGCGGCUGUACAUGAGCCAAGCACUAUACAGCCAUUGGCUGUUACCUCACACCCUUCAGGUCAAAACACCAGUCACAUCUGGAGCAAAAUUUAUGGAAAUGCCGAGCUUUAUCAGGAGCUGAGGCAACAGAAGAGUGGUUCACCGGUAGAUUUCAGUGACGAGGAUGUGGGUGGUGUCAAUCUUAACAAGGGUGCCAAUGCGUCGUCAAAAAAGAACAGAGAUGAAGGUUACAACCACACCAGAGCCAUGAAGCUGCUGGGAUUGGAUGAGGGGAGUGAGGAGAAUGGAAAAGACCCGGUGAUGACACAGGGGGCCUACUUGUCCCUCCUCUUCCUACGCCACCUGAGGAUCCGCGAGCUUCAGCGAAUCUGUUUAGGGACGCUGAACUACUUCAGAUCGAUUGAACGAACCCUGACCAUCAAUGUGUCCGGUUUAACCCUGAAUCGGGGCAAACCUGUAUGUACUGCAGAGGACACGUGCCAGAUCAGUGCAGCAAAGGGUGGCUCAGGUGUGACAGAUGGCAUAGGUUCACAUGGUUACCUACACAACACACCUGCAGACUACAAGGUGGAUCUCACCAAGUUUAUGGAGUUCUCAGAAAUCGAGAACCAUGAUGAUUUCUAUGUGAAUGAGGACAGCUUCAUUCACGUCCAGGAUCAGCGAGGGUUUUUUGUGAUGUAUGACGUGGCACUGAAGGAUUUAAAAGAGUUGGAAACCCAGCUGCUGCUACUUGCAACCCAAUAUAUUGAGAAAGGCCAGAUAGCCCCUCCUGCAGGAGGCACACCGUGUGGGCCAGUUGACCUUCCAGGCUGGGCUCGCCUCUCGGUCGAUCGAUUCGCAGUUUUGCUUGACCUGUGGAAGUGUGAAACAGCUUUUCAGGAGCACAAACGGCAGCUCCUGGAUGGUUAUUUUGAAGCCUAUCAGCAUGUCUUCGAUGUGGAGGACCGCUUUGCCUUGGCCCAGGUUAUCACAGACAUCAUGUACCAACGUCCACGGUUUAAUCUGAGCAAUGAGUACUUUGUGCAGACAUAUCAAGCUGAAUGUACCUGCCUAAAGCUUCAGUUACAACUUAUAAGGGACAUGUUGAACAAACAGAUAGAUGAUCAGCGAGAAUACGUGCAGAGGAUUUGGAGGGACAGCAACCUGAUGGAGAUGGGUAUUGAAUUUGGUUUACCACUUAAUGUCAUUUCUAAACAACCGGUUGCCAUUAACAGCAGUUGUCCUGCCUUGAAAAAGAUUUACUUACUAGAAUUCCACCCAUCACUGGGGAUGGCCGCCCGCGUUCGACAGAUGUUGGAAUAUGCCUACAACGAAUUGCGACACACGCACAGGCCAAAGACGGCCGACGAGUGCAUCGGUCUGGAGAAGCACGUCCUUAACCUGGCAAUAGAAAAGUGGUCAGCCAUGGAAACACCCGAGUCGACCUACAGCGUCCAAGUCCAGAGGGAUCUGUUUUCAGGUGUGUUUAUUGAAGAUCCACUCUUUGUCAGAGAUGUCGGGCUUUCAUUUAUAGACGCUACAGAAGAGGGUGAAAGCAGACAAGGAGCAGAUAAACAAGCCUUUGCACUGCACACUUUCUGCAGACUGCUGGAGAUCAUCACACUGCGCCAUCGCCUGAUGGAAACUGCCUCUGAGGCUGCCCUUUUAGCUCAAUUAUACAAGUCUGUGGCUGUGCAGAUGGGCUUUGAUGAGUUCCAUCUCUAUCUGCGGCCAGUGCAGUUUGAAUUUGCAACCCACAAGGAGAAAGCUGACCAGCCACCUCCGGUCUUCAUCACUAGUCUACUGGACGAUGACAGUAGCAUUGACAGGUAUGCUCCCUCAAGCCUGUCAUUGGCGAUUCAGGAAGUAGAUGAAAACCAUAUAGGAAAAUUCAGUUUUCGCACAAAGGAAGCAGUUCUUCAGCUGAUGGCUAGACGUGGAGUGGAGAACUUGCAGGCGGCUUUGGCUUGUCAGACUGUGCAGAAGAAUUCACUGCUUGCCGUGGUGCAGCAGGCUCUGUUGUGCUCUGUGGAGAAAGCUGCCCAGCCCUUGGAUCCUAAGGACAGGUUGUUGGGUUAUCGGAGUCAGGACAACCUCGCAGGUACAAGCCGUGCCAGCACUGCCAGAGAAUCAGAGAGCCAGCAGCUCGCCGUCCCACUAGGAAGUGCCUGCUCCCUGGGAAUUCGAAAGCAACCUUCUGUUGCCAGGAAGAGGCCUCCGGAGGCAUUUGUUUCCAUCCAGCUGGAAAAACUCACACCCCGGGACUUGAUGCUGAAUCACUUCCUUCAGAAGAAAAGUGUCGCAGGGUUGAUCAUGAAAAAUGAUGUGGAAGUGGAGAAAAUCAAAAGAGAAUUAAUUCUCGACUACUGCAGCAAAUUUAAUGAGCGCAUGUCUCAGUAUUCUUUACGCGGUCAGAUUAUUGCAUACUACAGUAGCUUGCUGGGUUUACUGCAAGACUUUCCCGCGGCUGUCAAAACCUACUUCGUGUUGGGCCAACCUCAAGAGAAGAAAGGAGAAAGUGACUCUGAGUUGGGGCUGAUGUCGGAUCCCAGGAAACUCCAUCAGCGCCCUCGCAGUUUGUUGUCAACAGAUGGAAGAACAUUUCUUAAUCUCUGGUACAUUCCUCAUCAUUCUGAAGUGCUUAUUAUGUUUAAAACCCUGGAACAAAAGGUUUGCCGGAGAGCUUUGUACCAAACUCUGGAGAUAGUGGCUGCUCUCCAUGACAUCUUCUCGUACUUGUGCUGUUUCGCACAGCUUGGCAGCUCCCCCAGCAUUGUCUCUCAGAAGAUGCAGCCACUGGCAGCAGUCUGGGGAGGACUUGAAGGCAUUGGUUUGGAGCUUCAGGAGAUUCAAACUCAGAUGGAUAACCUUGCUAAUCCAAGAGAUCCUGCCACAGUGGCAAAGUUUCUUGUUCUCAAGAGGGAUGUUAUGUUCUUGCAAUUUGAUGCUGCUGUUCGCCACUCAAUCAGGGAAGCUUUCCUUUCUGCUGGAAACAUAGCAGCAUUUCAGGCUGUCACAGAUGCGAUGCAUCAAGCACUACCGGUUAUGAGUAACUCUGCGGUCAGCAACCUGUACGGUUCAUUGCUUCCUCUGCCACAGCCAUUGGAUGCACGGAAUCACCAGUCCCUUGCACUGUUUCCCUGGAGAGCUUUCCUAGCUAGGGAAGGAUUCCUACCAGGAAUGAUCAGCAACCUUCAAAGCAUAGAGCAGAAUAUGCAGAUGUGCUUGUGCAUGCUAAGUGAUCGCGAUCUGAACGUAGCCAAUGGCGAACUUCUUGGCGUCUCUCUGCUAAUGGAAGAUGUGGUUCAGAGUGGAAGCGAAGGAUUUCUGUUUCCAGAGAAGGAUGUGGCCACAUGUGAUGAGACAGAAGCCAAAGCUGAGGAGGUCUCGAUAAUUCAAGAAAAGGAAGAUGCAGAACAAUCACCUAUCAACAAAUCACUGACCUCUUCGAAAACACUCGAGCCCAUAUCGAUGUACAAGGUGCUCAAAUCCUUUUUGAUAUUGUGGAAACAGCUUGAGGUAUUUAAGGACGAGUGGGGCAGGCUGAAGCUGGGUGUGAAGACCAUCAACAGUGUGACCCUCUACAAACAGUUCUGCAAAUUAUAUAGACAGGAAGUCAUGUAUCCAGCUAUGAAACCAAUAGCCCAUCGCUUAGGUAUGGAAGUCGAGUACGAGAGAAUGAUGCUGAAUGAUCAGCCAUUGCUGCCACCAAAAGGGACAUCAGAAAUGGAAAUAAAGACUCGACAGCUGCACAAACUGCUCGAGAGUUUGGAAGGUUACAUGAUCCGAGAACUUCAGAAAAAAAUUGCAAGAGAGUUGUCCCUUGUUAUGUCAGAAAGAGCUAGGGGAGAAGCAUCUCUGUCAACAGAUGACUGGAAACAUUCAGUCAUGACUGAAAACUUCUCAAUUACAAGGCCGCAGAUUGUUGAAAAAUUUGUUCAGAAACUGAAAGAAAAUUCACGGGAGACUGAAAGUGAGAUUACUUUCAGCAAAGAUCAUUUAAGCAACUGCCUUCUGACUCUAGCCUGUGAUGUGAUGGGACGGGAGCGCAGUAACUUUGAGACCUACUCCAUGUGUUACGAGAAUAUACUUCGCAGAGAGCACCAGCUGCUUUACGAGAAGGAACAGGAAUUGAAAGGAAUGCAACAAUCUCAAACUCCCUCUGCAACACCCGAUUCCCAGUUAGCUCAUUUCAGUCAUCAGAUAAUCAUAGAGAUCACAGCUCUUCGAGCAAAGUUGACUAACCUGGAGGAAGAGAGCACAAGGCUGAAAGAGGAGAUGAGGAACGAAGUGAGACAGGAAUAUGAUGCUUUGGUGAGGCAUCUAUUUGCAUCCUGCUUUACAUUAAAGCAAAAACUUGAUGACUAUCACAUUAAAAUGGACAAAGUGGCCUGCAAACUGAUCAGUGAAGUCAGAAGAAAUGGAGUGGAAAACAUGAUUAUUCUCAAGAGGAAGAGUGGCUCCACAAGAAAUGAUGACAUUUUGAAAGAAAACCUAGCAUGGCAAGAUCAGCUGCAGUCCUUACGAGAAGAGAACAGCCAACUGCAGAGACUGGUGUGUCAGCUGAAAACACUGAACUGUUGGAGAAUGACAGCAAAACAAGAGAAGUUUCAAAGAUCCCGCGCUGCUUUGGAGCAGAAAGUUACUCAAGUCAAAGAGGCGUAUCUCAACAUUAAAAUUCUUGCGGAAGAGGAGAAGAUUCUUCUGCAGCAACAGCUCGUAGCUUUGAGAAAGGCCCUCAGCAGGUCGAAAUCAGAAAAUGAGAGAACAAGGAAAGAACUGGAAAAAGAGAAGCAGCUGCUGAGGGAAUACCGGCACCGGGCAGCUCAGGAGCUGAAGAGCCGACAGAAGGUGGAAAGCAUGAAAACAUCCAACAUGGAGCAGCUGCUGGAUGACAUGCAGGAGAAGGAACAGAGGCUAAAUAUCCUAAACAACAAGCUCGAAACAUCUUCCAAAAUCGUUCAAAUACAGUAUCAUAAAAUCAAUAAGGAGAUCAAACAGGUACGUUGUCAGCUGUCUCAUGAGCGCAGCCUGAAACUGGAUGCCUUCCAACGGGUUGAUGAAUUGCAAAGUCAGAUGCACAACAUUGAGGCAGCAUUCUCCCUCAAUAGUGUUGCAGGUACUGGAAUAGCAACACACUCACCAAUGAUUUCCAGAGACACUCUACAGCGCUGCUUGACUACUGCUCCAAAGAACAUUGAUUGCAGUGGAGCCAUUAACAGGGGAGGAAAAAGAAUACAGCGGCCAAAAACAGCAGCUGUGGAGGCCAAAUCACUGGGUACAUUUAAGGCAGAGAUCGAUUCUUGAUUGGUCGGGGCAUGGAGAAGGCAGUAGAUUGGAACUGAGAGGAAAAUGGAUCAGCCAGGAUGAAGUGGCAGAGCAGACUCGAUGAGCCAAAUGGCCUAGUUCUGCUCCUAUAUCUUAUGGUCAAUUGCAGCCCCUGGACUCCAGUGAAGAGACCUCAACUACUGCUAUGAAGGCUAUAUCCCCCCCCCCCCCAAAAAAAAAUCAAAACAGCUUUCACAGCUAUGGGCACCUAGAGCUUUGUUGGACAAAGGCAAUGAGCUUUUCAGUAGGAAAUGUUUAAUUUGUCUUGAUUUGAAACUGUUUUGAUUAAACAUUGGGACAACCAAUAUAUUUUUAAAAAUGCAGGCUUCUUCUGGACUGGCAGAAGAAUGAACACACAGAAUAAGCCUUUCAGCCCACAAAGUUGUGUCAGCAUUAAUCAAAAUUGAUCAAAAUCAAUCUAACACUUUCAUUCCACACAGUUCUUCAUUUUUCAUUCAUCAGUGAGCUGACCCAAGAGUCUCUUAAUGUAUCUACUUCUCCUACCACCCCUCACAGUACAUUCCAUGCUAAAAGCAACUUACAUUUGACAUCGGCCUCAUUUUCCCUCCAAUCACCUUAAAAUUAUGCCCUGUCCCAUUUGCCUUUUCUGCCCUGGGAAAAGAUUACACACUAUUUAUGCCUCCUCAUCUUGAAUUCCUCGAUCAAGUCACUUCUGAUCCUCCCCAAUUCAAAGACUUUAGCUCAUCAACCUUUCCUCACAAGACAUACUCUCUAAUCCAGGUGGCAUCCUGGUAAACCUGCUCUGCUCCAAUGUUUCCACAUCUCUUCUAUAAUGAGGUGACCAAAACUGAAGACAAUGCUCCAAAUCUGGUCUAACUAGAUUUUUAUAGAACUGAAACAUAACCUCACAGCUCUGGAACACAAUCCCCAAUUAAUGAAAGCAAACACACCAUAGGCCACCUUAAACAGCCUAUCAACUUCUGCAGCAACUCUCAAGGUCCAUGAAUAUGGGCCCCAAGAUCUGUUCCUCAAAACGUUUAAGGUUUCUUCCAUUAACCUGGUAUUCCAGUGCAUCACUUCACACUUUGCCACACUGAAUUCCACUCAAACCAGCUCUUCAUUCUAUCUAUGUCCUGUUGUAACCGACGAUGACCUUCUGCACUAUUCAUAACACCUUGUACUUCUAAAAAAAACAAUGCAGACAGGGCACCAUUCAUCACCUCUUGUCCACUGUUAUUCAGUAAUAUCAUCGCUGAUCUUGAUACUCACCAAUACUUUGCACCAGUUGAGGGAUUGCAGAUUGCAUAACCAAUAACCACUUUGCAGAACCAAUCAGCCUUAAAUAUAUUAACAGAUCCUACAGACUUCCUGGCUCAAUUGCUAAAGUUCAUCUCAUCAGGAAGAGGAAAUCCAUUCUGAAUAACUAAUUUCUCUUUGAGGCAGAGCACCCAAAUUUCAGGCACUCAAGUCAACAGGAUCCAACUCCACAAUUAACCAUAUAAAGCCUCAAGAACUUUUUUAAUGUUUCAAUUCCAUCAUCUCGUUCUUCUGCACAGAAUAGGCCUGUCAAUUUAAUCUAUUCGCAUACAGCAACUCUGCCAUCUGAGGAACUAAUCUAGUGGUGUUAGUUAUAUUCCCAAUCUCCUAAAUGCAACUUGCUUCGACAGAGAUCAGCAAGCUGCAGCACUGGAGUAAAACAUCACCAACCUUCUACACAAAUGGCCUCAGAAGUUUGGUUUUUCCAAUUGCUUGAUGAACCUUCACCCCUGUACAAGGAUAUGCACAUCCCUCUGAAUACCAGUAACUUUCAAACUCUAUUUUUAAAAUGCUGCUUUUAUUAAACUCUACCAAUGUUACAUUACAUCCCGUAAAGACAUGCAAAAUGCUCCCAUUACCCCACAAUAAUCUCUCCUGCCUCAACUAAAAUGUGAAGCUCUGCCUAUUUAAAAAUACAAAUCAGAUAAUCCAAAGUGAAUCACAUGUUCCAGUCUAGUCAACAUUCAUUGCUUUUCUCAUAGAACAAACAGUAAACCAUAGAACAUUCAGUGCAAUUGUGGUGCUGCUACCUAUAAGUUAUCACCAUAUUGUGCUGUGUGACUGGACGACGACUAGCGAAAUGAUUAAUUUAACUUGUUUCUUUGUAACAGAUUACAGUUGCAACAAUCCACUUCAGUUUAAUGGGGUAACUGGCUUUAAUUGAAAGUCUCGAGUCACCUAAUCAAGUUCUGAAAUGAUUACGUUGCUCAUCUCAGGCAUGGAGAAUGAUGAUUCUGAAUUUCUGUAAAUAUGUCAAAAUAACAUAGAAGCCAGUUCAGGUAUUCAACCAUUUUAGCCAAUACUAGCCACUAAAAAGUUUUACCCCUAAUCAGUGCAUCAAGUAAAUAACAAAUGAGUAAAAUACCUUAAGAUGUUCAGUUUUGUAGCCUGCUUACUGAUCUUUGAUUUGGUGCAGUGGGUGAUACUGCUGCCUCACCACUCUAGGGAUCCAGGUUCAUUCCUGGCCUCUUGUGUGGCAUUUGGACCUUCUCCCAGAACUGCAUUGGUUUCCCUUCAAGCACACUAGGUCACAGACAUUUGAUGGCCAGAAGAUGAAUUGUGAUGUAGAUUUCAAGAGAAUUGGGUGGAAUUGAUGGGGAAAUGAAAUCUUUGGGAUUGCUGCAAGAAGCAGGAGGCCAUUCUGCCCAUCAAGUACAUGUAAUCUGAAAUAUAUGCAAAUAAUAUUGUAACAUCUUUCUAUAUUUCUAUGAUAAACAAGGUACCAACCAGACUUCAUAAUAAGGUGGUGGAAGCAUUAUUGCCAGAACUGGAGGAACCAAGGUAUCAGAGCCUCAUCCUGGAGUUGAAAGAUUACAAAUUAAACCAGAAAUAAUUGUGCGACAUCCAGACAGGCAAAUUGCACGGACAAUCAAGAAAUUAAAUCAAAGACUUGGGAGCAGACCAUUCACUGUCUGAUCAUUUCAUGAAAUACUAGAAUUUUUGAAAACAGGUGACUGACAAGAUUUUAGACAAUGAUGCACAGUACUGUGCAAAAGUCUUAGAUAUAUAUCCCUAUGAUGCCCAAGACUUUUGCACAGUACUGUAGUAAUUUCACAUACUGCACUGUACUGGGUCUCUGUUGUGGCCCAAAAGUGGGAAUCAUGUUUGGGAAAAGGGGAAAGGAGAGGGAAACACCAGAGACACAUGCUGUAAUGAUCAAUAAACCAA